UGGCCACACAUUCUCAUCCCUGCGGGCAGUAUUUACACUGCUCAAAUGCCUAUAUAGGUAAAUUGUUUUCCAUGAGCACUCAAUCUUGGAUACUUGGAUUUGAACUCUGGGCUGUGUCCUGAGUUGAAUCCGCACUUGUUUUCCAAGCUUACUCACAAAGUGUAGACCUGAAGAGAGCACUUGCUGGACUUAAAACUAUUUGCAACUUGUGCUGAGACAGUAAUUAUAUUCAUCCUUGGAAUGCAAAACCUCAUUCCAGUGGAGGACACAACAAAGCAAAUUCAAGGUGACGAGUGAUAGGAUGCAAAGAAAUUGAGAAGGUCAGGAAGAUACCCACACUGAACAUUCCAAUGACUGCUUCUGUUCUUGCUGCUGACCAGGAAAACCUCAGCCUGAAGCAGCAGUGGAACAGGAGAUCUUGUGAGAAAGAGGAAUAGAAGCUGUUCUGUUUUUGUGGAAGUGGAUACAAGAGGACAUCUAUACAACAGAAACAAGCAUGAAAAGAAUGACAGAGAAUGGCAGAGGAAAUGAGGUUCCAUCUAUUUAUUUCAAGAAACAAUAAAAUUCAAUUACAGCAAAUGCUGUAAAUCUUCCUCAAAUUGUUCGUACAGCUUGGAUAUGGGAGUGCUAUCCUGAUUGCAAAGAGAAGCACAACAGAUGGCCCAUUUCUUGAGCAGGCUCUGGCAUCACUUGAAUGUGAGCAAUCAUUCCAUACAGAAUCCCAGAAUCAUUAAGGUUGGAAAAAAACCUACGACCAUCUAGUCUGACCAUCAACCCAUCAGCACCAUACCCACUAAACCAUGUCCCUCAGUGCCACAUCUACACAUUUCUUGAACACCCCCAGGGAUGAUGACUCAACCACGUCCCUGGGCAGACUGUUCCAAUGCAUUACCAUUUUUUUCUGAGAAGAAAUUUUUCCUAAUAGGCACAACAAAAUGCCAUCACUUCUUGUCCUAUCAAUUAUAUGGAAGAAGAGGCCGACCCCCACCGCACUACAACCUACUUUCAGGCAGUUGUAGAGAGCAGUAAGGUCUCCCUUGAUCCUCCCCUUCUCCAAACAAUCUCAGUUCCCUCAGCCAUUCCCCAUAAGAUUUGUCCAGGUCCUUCACUGCCCUUCUCUGAACAUGCUUCAGGGCCUCAGUGCCGUUCUUGCAGUGAGGGAUCCAAAAGUGAACACAGCACUAGAGGUGCAGCCUCACCAGAGUCAAGUACAGACCCCGUGACCGAAUACCGCUACACCAAUGAACGCACUGCAGCAAAUAUCAAUACGGAGGUGCUGGAAAGAAAGAAGUAAGAUGCAUGCAUAGCUCCUAGUGAUAAGCUGGUAGGAAUGGCAAUGCCUGCAAGGAGUGCAGAAUGAUGAUUACAUCAACAAUAUGCUGUCCUUGAAGCACUUUUUAAGAAGAUGAGGUAAUACUAGUCUUUAUGCCACCAUUGCUAAACAGUCUCAGCACCGGUAAUAGGCAAUGUAAAGGAGGAUAUGCAAACAGUCUGAACAGAGGCUGUCUAUCCCUAAUUGAUUUAGUCAUAUUUUGCACUGAAUGAGGUGGGUGGAGAGGUAAAAAUAGCCUAAAUAGCAAAUUCCUCCCAGGUUUGUUUUCUUUAGCUGUUAACCGUGUAAGAUAAAAGGCUAAUACUGUUUACAUAAAAUUGAGCUUUGUCACAUUCAGCUACACUGAUUUUUGUCUGCUUCCUGUUCUGUCAACAAGGCAACAUCAGCGUGCAAGGGCAUGUGUAUUAGAAAGCAUGCACUGGUGUCUACCAGAAAGCUGCUUGAGGUUUUCCAUGUGAGAAUAGACUCCACAGAAGAGAAAGGUGGAUUCAGAUAAAACAGGACCCAGACUUCUGGGCAUGACUGUUUAUAUGAAGAUGCAGUUUCAGAGACCUCAGUGGAACAACAGAUGCCUAAACCACAGUGCAGGGGAGGAAAGAAAAAGUGGCCGUCUAAGCAUGUUUACUUUCAGGGACAAGGAAGUUCUAACUUGUCCCUAAGUGGUGACUCAUCGGAGCAGGGCUAUAAAUGUGAAGGUAACUGCUCUCUAACACAUCAGACAUCACAAAUCCAACAUAAUGCUUUCAGCUGUCUUCUUCUUCUUGCUGGGUCUGUCAUUUUGUCUGACAGUCCCUGUUCCUCUUGAUGAUAGCCAUGAAUUCACAGAGGAAGACCUCCGGUUUGCAGAGCGCUACCUCAGAACUCACUAUGAUCUCCGUCCAAAUCCCACUGGUGUUAUGAAGAAGAGUGCCAACACAAUGGCCUCUAAACUUCGAGAAAUGCAAGCUUUUUUUGGUUUAGAGGUGACAGGAAAAUUAGAUGAAGAAACAUACGAGCUCAUGCAGAAACCAAGAUGUGGUGUUCCAGAUGUGGGGGAAUAUAACUUUUUCCCUCGAAAACUCAAAUGGUCAAAAACUAAUUUAACAUACAGAAUUGUGAGUUACACUCACGAUCUGAGACGCGCUGAAGUAGAGAGAGCCUUCAAAAAAGCAUUCAAGGUUUGGUCUGAUGUGACACCCCUUAACUUCACCAGAAUACGAAGUGGCACUGCUGAUAUCAUGAUCUCUUUUGGCACUAAAGAACAUGGUGACUUUUACCCCUUUGAUGGACCCUCUGGAUUACUGGCUCAUGCCUUCCCUCCUGGUCCAGACUAUGGAGGAGAUGCCCAUUUUGAUGAUGAUGAAACUUGGUCAAAUGAUUCUAAAGGAUAUAACUUGUUUCUUGUUGCUGCUCAUGAAUUUGGCCAUUCGCUGGGACUUGAACACUCCAGAGACCCUGGAGCACUGAUGUUCCCAAUUUACACUUAUACUGGAAAAUCUGGUUUUGUGCUUCCUGAUGAUGAUGUGCAAGGGAUCCAAGAGCUCUAUGGUCCUGGAGACAGAGAUCCCAACCCAAAACAUCCCAAAACACCAGAGCAAUGUGCUGCAGAUUUAUCAAUUGAUGCCAUAACAAAACUUCGUGGAGAAAUGCUGGUCUUCAAGGACAGGUUUUUCUGGAGACUGCACCCUCAGAUGGUUGAAGCAGAACUUGUUUUAAUUAAAUCCUUUUGGCCAGAGCUUCCAAACAAAAUAGAUGCAGCUUAUGAAAACCCCAUUAAAGAUCUUGUCUUCAUGUUUAAAGGAAAGAAGGUUUGGGCUCUGAACGGCUAUGACAUAGUUGAAGGCUUUCCUAAAAAGAUAUAUGAAAUGGGAUUCCCAAAAGAAAUGAAAAGGAUAGAUGCAGUGGUCCAUAUUGAUGACACUGGCAAGACUCUCUUUUUUACAGGGAAUAAGUACUGGAGUUAUGAUGAAGAGACAGAGGUUAUGGACACGGGCUACCCCAAGUUCAUAGAAGAUGAAUUUGCAGGAAUUGGUGAUAGAGUGGAUGCAGUCUACCACAGAAAUGGUUACCUCUACUUCUUCAAUGGACCGCUGCAGUUUGAAUACAGCAUCUGGAGUAAAAGAAUUGUCCGCAUCCUGCAUACCAACUCCUUAUUUUGGUGCUAAGUACAGAUGAGUGCCAUGCUACAAGCUGCAGAGCAGCUUUUAGUACACGAAAAUAAUAAUUCAGGCAUACAAGUUUAUUAGAAGAAAGCAGAGUUCUGUGAAAAAGCACUGGCUACCUAGAACCAAACGUAUACUCAUAUACUGUAUAUAUGGAACUAUACAGCUCUAUGUCAGUCUGGAACUGCAUUAAAUUAAUAGGAAAACAGGAAAGAAAUGAUACUGAUUUUAAGGGGCAUUACACCAUUUAAAGUUUGUCUAGCAUUAAAGUGAGGAGAUGGAUACAUUCUUCAUGAUCAUAAGCAUGACUAAGUCCCAGCAAUCUAGCAACUUCUUAGAACUGUGUAGUAUUUCUGAAGAAAUAGAGCUAAUUCUCCCUGGAAUGUUUUAUUUUAAAAUUAAUCCUUGUGCUCUUCGCAAAAUUAUUUCUGAAGUACUGGGGAUCCAGACCUGUAAGAAAUAAGUCAGGACAGCAUGGUGUUUCCCUGAGCAAGAUAACAGCAGGCUGCAACACUGAAGUUAGGGAACCCAAAGUUAUUUAAAUGUAUCCCCGUCUAAAUGGGAAUGUCUCCCUAGAAAGAGAUGUCCAUGUUAUAUGUGAAAGAAACUGAAUGCAUAGAGGCAGCAAGGCAGCAUCUCAAAGCAGACAGAAGAGCAGGAAAAAGGAACAGCACUCCCUGAAGAAAUCAUCAGUUUGCCUGACACUGGAAAGACAGAAAGCAAUAUGAAGGGAAUCACACAGGUUGAAGCCUUUCAUCUGGUAACACAGCCCGUGUUUCCAGCUGCUGUGAAGUGAUUCAAGUGACAUUCAAAGAGGUUAUGCCUAUCUGUGCUGGCAGAGAACUCAAACGUUCAAAUCAAAAUAUUCAAAAUAAAACCUUUUCAUAUUUGUCACCUUUUCAGUAUUUAUAGCAAUUGUUUUGGUACCAUAUAAAUUCUGGGGGCUUCUUUUGUGAUUUUUGUUGUUGUUUGUUUGUUUUGUUUUGUUUUGUUUUCAAUCACUGAAAAUGAAAUGGGACUGUGACUAUUUCUCAGUUUAAGAAAGUAGUUUUAAAUAAACUGGAGGAAUGAAGUGACA